UGAAUCAUUAAGUUAAAAUAAUGUUAAAACUUUUUAACAAUUAUAAUAGAUUAAAAUGAAUACUUUAAUAAGCAAACACUUUUAUCAUUAUUUCUACUUGUAAAUUUUGAAGAAUUUAACGUGUUAAAUAAGAUAAAAAAUGGAAACACCAACUGUUAAAGUUUUGUUUUCUGAAAGUUCCAAUAAAAAUAAGACUCCUGAAGAUCCAACUAUUCCUGCAAUGUCAAAUAUAAUGUUUGUUAGCGAUGUCCUGGCUCAACGAAUAAACAAUGGUACGAUAGAGGCAGAAGAUUCUGAAACUGAUGAUCGAUAUUGGGCGGAGAAACUAACAGCUUUAGACGAAGAACACACCAAAAGAAGUAAACUCGAAUCAAAAGAAAUAGAUAAACUUUUUCGUAGUGUAUUAAAUUAUGCACAAACCAUACAAACUAAACCUUGUUCCUUCGAACAGAUAAACGUCAAAGAUUGUUAUACUAAUAAUAAAUGCUACACACUUCGUUGUAAUAAUGAAGUUAACAAUUUUAUUAAUUGCGUAAAUAAUAUGUUUCACAAGUCCGUUUGCAUUACUGAUAACGAUGUCUAUCCAUUCAACAAAAAAUACACAUAUACUGAGAGAUUCAGAAGAGGAUAUUAAUUUAUAUUAAUUUGUAUCUACAUAUAUAUAUAUAUGAUUCUUUAUUUUUAUCAAUUAUUAUUUAGAAAUGUAUAUAAAAAGAGAAUGUAUAAAUAUUGAUAUAAUAAAAUUUUGUACAAGUUACCUGACUAUUAAUUUAGAUACAUAUAUAUAUAGUAUUUAUUCUCAACAGCAUCGGUGGUUCAGUGGUAGAAUGCUCGCCUGCCACGCGGGCGGCCCGGGUUCGAUUCCCG